CCCCAAAGUCAAUCUACGGCAGAGCGCAUGCGCCUUGUUCCUAACGGUCUCUUGUGCUUAGGUAGAGGAGCGGUGGGAGGCAGCUUUACGAGCGUCCUCUCUCCAAAUAGAUGGGCGUGGACUCUGACCGGUCCCGCCCUCUUCCUUCCCGGCGGCGGCGGCGGCUGGAGAUAGUAGCAGCUCGGUAGGGCGGCGGCGAAAAGAUGGCGGUAGUGGCAACGACGGCAGCCUGGCUGUGGAGCGGGCUGUGGAAUGACCGCUUUUGGUUUCCAGCUAACGUGACCUGGGCCGAUAUGGAGCGGGAGGAUCCCGACGGCGAGGCCGGAUACCCCCGCGCCGUCCAUGUUCUGGUCGCUUUCCCUGUGGCCGCCGGCAUCUUCGUGCUAAGGCAGCUCUUCGAGAGAUUUAUUGCCAAACCAUGUGCUGUAUACCUUGACAUUCAAAACAGUGGACUUUGCAGAGCCCAACCCAAUGCAAUUCUAGAAAAGGUGUUUACAUCUAUCACUAAGUGUCCAGAUGCAAGAAGGUUAGAGGGCUUGUCAAAACAACUAGAUUGGGAUAUCCGAAAAAUCCAGCGCUGGUUUCGUCAUCGAAGGAACCAGGAUAAGCCAAGCAGUCAUGUGAAAUUCUGUGAGAGCAUGUGGAGGCUUUUAUUUUAUUUAAGUGCAUUUACAUGUGGACUCAGAUUUCUUUGGUCGUCACCCUGGCUUUGGGACACACGACAAUGCUGGUACAACUACCCUUUUCAGCCCAUAACAUCCAGCCUUCGGUAUUAUUAUCUCAUGGAACUGAGCUUCUACUGGUCUCUUAUGUUUUCACAGUUUAUAGAUAUUCAGCGAAAGGAUUUCGUAAUUAUGUUUAUUCAUCACUUGGCUGCAGUUGUGCUCAUUUCUUUCUCCUACAUAAACAACAUGGUGCGGGUGGGAACUCUGGUUCUCUGUGUUCAUGAUGUAUCAGAUAUCUUUUUAGAAGUAGCAAAAUUGGCCAACUAUGCGAAAUACCAGCGAUUCUGUGAUGCCACCUUUGUACUCCUUUGUGUUGUGUUUCUUGUUACCCGUUUGGGGAUUUAUCCUAUCAGGAUACUGAACACAACCCUGUUUGAAAGCUGGGAAAUAAUUGGCCCUUUUCCAUCAUGGUGGCUGUUCAAUGGGCUUCUUUUAACCAUACAAGUUCUACAUGUCAUCUGGUUUUACUACAUCAUUCGCAUUGCCUACAAAGCCUUGGCACGAGGGAAGGUAUGUAAAGAUGAGCGCAGCGAUGUUGAAAGUAGCUCUGAAGAGGAAGAUGUCACUUCAGAAAGCAGAAAAGGAAUCCUUAGCCCUUCAAACAAUGAUGCCAAUCGGAUUAAUGGCCACAUAACUAGUGGCAAGUGGGCAGAAGAGGAAUAAGAACGGACAGGGAGGCCUCAAGAAAAUACAGACUUCUGUUCAAAUGUCUAGAUAUGUCAAGCUCCACGCUCCCAAGAAAUCUUUAAUCAAGCUGCCCCUUCUCCCCCUAAUCCUCCAGCAAUUCUGAAAACAGGCACAAUGCAGACAGUUUUGCACAGACGGGAUCGAGUUGAUUAUUAGUGCAAAAGCUAUUUCCAGUUUUACAUUUUAAAGAAAUUGAGCCGUUUUGCAUUUAAUGGCAUCCCAUGUUGGCUGAAGUGUCUAUGUGAGUGUAUGAAAAGAGAUUGGGGGCUGUUUCUUAUUUUAUUUUAAGAUCAGCUCAAGCUUUGAGAGAAGGUAUGUUGGCAGGAACUCUGGAGGUUCUGAUCUCCAACAGGUUCUGUCACUUAAUUGCACUCAGGGUCUUUUGACACUGGCCUAGUCUAAGUUGAGAUAGUCUAUGCUUCUGGCAGCAAGGACAAAAGUUGUGUCCUGAGGAGUCGACUGUGCCACAGCUAGACGUAGCAACCUGGUGAUGAUGAUAGUGGUAGAGACAGGUAGAUUGACGGUUUUCUUAUUUGCCAUUGGGAUGCCAUUUGCUAAUAAAGUUUUAUGUCUGCUUAUUUGGGUGGGUGGGUGAGCAGACAAGGCUGGCAUUCAUUGCCUUUGUUUGUUCUUUUUAGAGUGGCGUAGCAUCUCCAAAGUCUUCAUUGUGACUUCCUAAAAUAUCUGUUUUUUCUAUAAAUACUGUGGAAUUGGAGUUACAUAGGAAUCACAGAAAGAGGUGGAUAGAUUUGUGUGCUAGGACAAUAGACAUGGAUGAUCUGGUUCUGUUGCUCCUUUUCCAUGGAUGGUUGUAUUUUCAAGAGAAGCAAGGGUGCUGCAUCUGCUUUGUGAUGAGAUACCACUAGGAUAGAGAGGUUGUCACACAAGAACUUUGGGUCCCUCCCCCUGCUCCCUUUUACUCCAAUGGUACUUCGGGGGAGAUGGAAGACAGCAAAGUGCUGUCAUGACCAGGACAUUGAAAAUGCCCUGAGUUGUUGUCAUUUUAUACUAUUGUUUACUCUGUGAUUAAAAAAAAUUGCUUGAAAAAUUGAA